UUAAAAAUUUUCUAGAAAAAAAUUUUUUUAUUCGAGAUUUAAAAAAAAAAAUUUUUUUAAAGAUAUUUUGGACAAUAAUCACGAUACUGUCUGUAGCGAUCUCUACCGGAUACGGCUCACAAGUUAAAUACUCCCUUCUAAAUGAUGAUCCAACUCACUUUUUUCCUCCAUAUACUAUGAUGUGGUUUAAUAAUUGUUGCUUGAUUAUAUGUUAUCCUCUCUUCCUAUUUUAUGAAAAAUGUAUAAAGAAAAAUCAAAUGUCCUUGAAAGAAAUUACUAGCAAAUCCUCUCGAAUUUUUUCUGAUGAUGGAUUUCGAUUUGGUCCAUUUUUCAUAAAAGAAUUUUUCUUUUUAUGUCUCUAUACCUUUGGCAAUUAUUCCUAUGCCUUAUCCCUAGGCAAAAUCUCAUCAUCCGCAGCUUUAACAAUUAGAAGUUUUGAAGUUUCUAUUGUUUAUAUUUUUGGGAGAAUUGUAUUGAAAGAUAAAUUUAAUAUUUUUAAGGUAGCUUAG